CUUUAUUUCGUUAAACACGGCUCAAUGAUCCAUAGACAAAAAUAAUUUUUGUAAAUUGUCCUUAACUCUUUCAAAUUACAGUGUAGUCUAAGGAAGUUAUUUUCCCAUAAUUGAAACGAACUUGCAAAAAUUGUUCGCCUAACGAUCGACAUACACGUUUUCAAUAUGAGUGCGCGGAGCCGACUAGUCACGCCCACUACCAUACCAGCACCCACUGGGAAUCGCAGGCUGCCGACAGAAGGAGGAUCACGAGGUGGUACCAGAUCAACGGCGCCGCUAUCAUCACACACGAUCGGAGCAGUACGACACAGCACCGGCGGCGAUGGCGAUGGUGGCUCCGCUAGCUGGAAGAGAUCGGCUCCUCCAAUGACAAUCGCACGGCUAUCGACGACAGCACGGAGUCUAGAAAAGAACACCAUUGCCUCGACCCUACGAGCGGCAACCAAUCGCACCAAAGUAUUGGACACAAGGCGUGCAAAUCCGCGCCAGCCAAGAUCCACAUCGUUUGUUGGCAACCAGUCCAUUGAUCGUGAGUGUCUUUUGCUGAGUCCCGGAUCGAGGGAGAGAUCGCAGCAGCAGCAACGUCGGCCAGCUGUCAAUAGUCCAAUACUAAAGAGAGAUAUUCUAAUUGAUGCUCAAAGUGAAUCUCGCAUAGAGAGUCAGCAACUGAUUGAGACGGGCAUCCAGAGCAAUGAGAGAGAAAUACUUAAUCAUGACCUGAUCGUCGGCGAUGUGAAGCUAUUGACGCCCUCUCCAGAGCUGACCAAGCAAAUUGAUCAAGCUCGCUUGGAGAGCAAGAGGAAGGUGGAUCGCCCAACGAUGCGUAAAUUUUCGACACACGAACAGGACGAGGAACAUCGUUUGGAUGAGCUGAAGCAGUUCAUGGAGAGCAACUAUGUAACACGACGCCCAAACCCGAAGAAAGCAUCGCCUCUAGCUGCUGCUGCUCUGGCCAAAUACGAAUCAAAUCAAUGCGGCACCAUCUUCAAAUCUAUGGACGAGUUCUUUACACGCGACAUACCCAAGACGGAGUCCAUUACCAACAUAAAGGAGCGCAUCAAGCGUAAGGAGAUCGAACUGAUGAGCUUGUUCGAUAAUGUAGCCUUAGCUGAAAAGAUUGAAUCCGGGUCCGAAGGCGACUAGUUGUUAGUUAAAUGUACGAAUGCUGAUAAAUACAAAUUUUAGAGUCAUGUAUCUAA